CCUUUUCUCUUUUUUCUCCUGUCGGCAGCACCAGUGAGCUGGGAUGCUGCGCUGCAGACAGAGCCUCAGUUGGCUGCAGCGGUGGAGGCAGACUGUGAGGAAACCAAAACAAACCUCCGUCCGACACCGCGCUCCAUGAAGCCCAGCUGAUCCCAGAAGAGGAGGAAAGAAAGGCUCAGAAAUUGAAAUCAGCCGCUUGGUUGCUUCUGUUUCUGGAAGAGAUGCGCCUCUUGCGCUGGCAAACCACAUAGAGGAGGACCCUGACUUCAGUGGAUGUCGGUAUUACUGCAAGCAUUCCGCUUUUUACGGGGAGAUCAUCUGUCAUCUUUGGACAAAAAAAGGAAAACGCCCACCAAAGGAGGAUUUUUUGUCGUUUUUCCACGGCUUUCAUGAAGAACCAGAACUGCUAACAUUUUAGCAGAAGGGACCCUCUUCAACAAGUAUGGGGUCACCAUGGAAACCAUUUCUCCUCCUGUCUGUCAUCAGUGGCCUUUCAGAGUUUGCAAGAGCUGUUGCUGCACGGCCGAUGUCAUACGCAGCAGUGUUACGAAUGAGACAAGACAGCUCUUCGUCAGUGCUCAAUUCGCGCAGCAAACCUCGACAGCAGCACAGUGGUUUGCUGGUGUCUCCUGACUGGCCUGCUUUCUCCAGUCACCCUCUGUCAGCCCUGAGCCUGCUCAGCUCUCAGGAGGAUCUGAGGAGUGAAGAAACAGAAGAGUUUGGGCCUGUUUUUAUCCAAGAGCCAGAUGAUGUUAUUUUUCCAUUGGAUUCUGAUGAAAAGAAAGUGAUGAUGCACUGUGAGGCGCGGGGAAAUCCACCACCCACUUACAGCUGGUACAUCAAUGGGACAGAAGUAGAUUCAAAGACAGACUAUCGCUACACCUUCAUAGAUGGAGAUCUCAUUAUUACAAAUGCAAGUGAGAUUAAUGACUACGGGAAGUAUCAGUGUCAAGCUGAGAAUAGCUAUGGAAUCAUCCUCAGUCGAGAGGCUCUACUUCAGUUUGCAUAUCUUGGUGCUUUCAGUACGAGGACCAGGGGUGGAGUGUCUGUGCGUGAAGGCCAAGGUGUUGUGCUGAUGUGUACCCCCCCUCCUCAUUCACCAG